AUUCUUGUUCUUAAUUUUGUUCUUACGAUCCGCUCCGUAAACCGGAUCAUUUGGUGGAUUUAUUGUCCAUCAGAUUGGUGCUUUCAUUGAGACUUCGAGAAUCAUACUCAGAAGAAAUCCUCCACAACGACGAUGGUGCAAACACGUAGCAACGCCAACGUAGGUACCGGAGUUCCCCAACAGGGGGAGAACAGCGCCACCGGAGGCCGGCACCCCCCCAUCACCACCGAGGAGGUUGAGGCCCUCAUUCAGAGGGUUGGGAUCACGGCCGAACAAUUCAAGGAGGUGCUGGCCGCACUUGCGCCCAACCGCGAGGUUGUGGUAGGAGAUGUGGCUGGGGGACCCACAGGCGAGAAGGCUGGACCUGCAGGCUCCCAAGGAAAAAAGAAAAAAGUGAGGCCACCGGGUAUCAUGCGAACAGGCAUCCUGUUCACGCGCACCCAUAACACGUCGGAGUGCGUUACGCUGAAGAAGGAGAUGGAUCAGCUGAUCGCUAGAGGGCCACCUCCUCGGUCAGAUCGACCGUCCUCAAGUAACCGGACCUGGAGGAGGCCGCCAGCCCCCACGGAAGCAAUCACAGCAGGAGAGGGGCAAGAAGAUGGACGGCGGCACCUAGGGCGAGAUUGUGACGACCUAGAUGAGGAGGAGAGGCAAGGUCGCCGACACCUGGGGUGUCGGUUCAUCAUGGGAGGAAACACUGGAGGAGAUUCGGUAUCCUCCCAGAAGAAGUGGAAGAACAUGGUGUACCUGGCCGAGGUACAAAGGCCACCGCUGCCUAAGCGAAAAAAGAAGGAACCUCUGAUCUUUACAAACGAGGAUUAUCCCCCAGUCCUCAGCCCUCACAGGGACGCUCUGGUGAUAAGAGUGGAGAUCAAUAAUGUGGUUGUUCACCGAACCUUGGUCGAUACGGGCAGCUCGGUCAACGUAAUGUACAACAACACCUUUAAGGAGUUGGGAUUGUCCCGAAGCGACCUGAAACCAAUCCAUACGCCGCUGUCAGGAUUUACAGGGGAUACUAUCGAAGCAGAAGGAACUAUCACGGUAAAGGCCGGGGUAGGAGAUGGCACCCACCGACUCUGGGUCGACAUGGAAUUUAUGGUAGUACAGCUCGACUGUGCACACCAUCUGAUUCUAGGACGACUAGGGGCGACCAAAAGCCAAGCCCGAGUCGACGAUAAUGUGAGCACGAUCUAUGCGGCGAUCCAGAAGGAGGAGGGGCGACCCCGAGCUGAGCCGGCGGAAGAGGUCGAGGAAGUUUCUUUGGACCCGGUUGUGCCGGAGCGGAAGGUGAAGGUAGGCAAAACCUUACCGCUUGAAUUAAAGGAGCAGUUAUUGGAGGUUCUCCGAGCAUUCAAGGUGCUAUUCGCUUGGGGACCAGAGGAUAUGCCAGGGGUCGACCCAAAAAUCAUCUGCCAUAGACUGGCAGUGGAUCCGACCCACAAGCCGGUCAAACAGAAGAAGCGUUUCCUUUCCUCAGAACGGAGAGAGUUUGUCACCAAGCAGGUGACCACCCUGCAAUCCAUUGGGCACAUCCGGGAAGUCCGCUACCCGGAAUGCCCAAAUGCCCCGUCACGGGUCAGCAAGUGGGGGGUGUUCCUGGGAUCCUUUCAAAUAGAGUUCAAGCCGCGACCGGCGAUAAAGGGGCAAGCAUUAGCAGAUUUCGUGGUAGAAUGCACUGCGAGAGAGGUAGAAUCUAGUGGAGAAGAACCCGAGGGGAAUUGGUGGACCGUGUACACCGAUGGGUCGUCCGCGACUGAUGCUUUGGGGGGAGGUGUCGUGGCGAUAUAUCCAGAAGGGUUCAAGGCAUACUACUCCAUGAGAUUCCGGUUUAAAGUCUCAAACAAUGAGGCUGAAUAUGAGGCACUGCUUUGCGGCUUGAGGUUGGCAGCCUCAUUAAAAGCUGAGCGAAUCCAAGUCCGGUGCGAUUCCAAGCUAGUGGUAGGCCACGUCAUUGGAGAAUUUGAGGCCAAGGAUGAACGAAUGAAGAAGUAUAGAGACACUGCCUUGGAGUUGCUUAAAGCAUUUGGGGCGUACCGGAUAGAGCAGGUUACUCGGGAAGAGAACGCUGAGGCAGAUAUCUUGUCAAAGCUUGGUCCGGAUUCCCCGGAUCAUAUUAAGGCAAUGACCCAGGAAGAAGAGUUGCUCGAGCCAAGCAUCAGUCCCGGACAAGUGCUGAUCAUCACACUCAAAGAGGAGUCGGAUUGGAUUGAUGAGAUUACCAUGUACAUCCUUGACGGGUCGCUACCUAUCGACCCAAUCGCGGCAAAGGUGGUGAAGCGACGUGCACCCAGCUACACGCUGGAGUGCGGUCGGCUGUAUAAGCGAUCGUACAAUGGUACAUUGUUGAGGUGCUUAAGAGCGGGUGAGGCACAGAAGUUAAUGGAGGAAAUCCAUGAGGGAAUAUGUUCAGCACAUCAGGGAGCCUUCAUGAUGUCCAGGAAGAGGAUGCCAGGGCGACCGGCGACGAAUUAUACCCCGAUAAGCACAGCGAUCCCUUUUGCCCGGUGGGGCAUCGAUCUGGUCGGUAUUUUGCCUCGGGGGACAGGGAACAACACAUACCUGGUGGUCGCGAUUGACUACUUCACCAAGUGGGUCGAGGCCGCCCCCGUGCCAACCAUCACUACGGAACAGAUGACGAAGUUCGUUUCCAAGCAAAUCUUAUGCCGAUUUGGGGUGCCCCAGCAGAUCAUCACCGACAACGGAACCCAAUUCGAGGCCGGAGGGUUCAAUGAGUUUCUACAGAGCUGGGGCAUAAAACACAGCUAUGCAGCGGUCGGGUACCCCCAAACCAAUGGGCAGGUUGAGAACACCAAUCGUACCAUCAUGGACGGCCUCAAGAAGAAGAUAAUGGAAUGCAAAAGUGCCUGGGUGGAAGAAGUGCCCUAUAUUUUGUGGACCUACAGAACUACCCCAAGGAAGGCCACAGGUGAAACUCCUUUCUCGCUCUCAUAUGGAUUUGAAGCAAGGGCUCCAGCGGAGACCUCGUUGUUAAGUUAUAGAGUAGAGGCGUUUGUUUCUCAAGGAAAUGAGGAGAACCUGAGGGCAGAACUGCACCUCAUUGAUGAGCGAAGGGAAAGGGCAUAUAUGCGGGCAGAAAACUACCGCCGGCAGGUCAAGUUAUAUCACGACCAGCGGGUGCGACCAAGGCAGUUCAAGAUGGACGACUGGGUCCUUCGGAAGAGGGAGGUCAGCCGGCCGACCGAUGGAGGGAAGUUUUCUAAAAGCUUCGAGGGGCCAUAUAUCAUAAAGGAGGUGUUGGCUGAUGGGACAUUUAGAUUGCAGACUCCAACCGGUGGCGACAUUCCGCGAGUAUGGAAUGCCGCCAACCUUAUCAAAUUUUAUCAAUAGAUUGUAUUCCAGCCAUGUCUUUUUCUUGAGAUUUAAUAAAACCAGGUUUCUGGCACAUCUUGUCUCUGAUUCUCCAAAAAAGGGGGGGGGAGCGACCACAAGAGAUCGCUAAAAUUGCACGGUGAUUCGUGCUAAGAUACCCAGUAGUGGGUGAAGCGUCGAACCCUGUCAAGCGACCAAGGUUGAAGACGACGCCGUGGCAAGAAAGCCUGAGAGAACGG